AUGACUUCUACGGAAGAACUUAUUGAAUUAGUGAAAAAAUUAAAACGUGAACGAUCAUUUGUUUCUGCUGAACAAAAACGUAUACGUGAACAAUAUGCUCAACUUCUUAAACUCGCUGAACAUGUUCAACAUCGUCAAUGGAUAACAAGUCAUCAACGUUACAUACUUUCAUCUUUAAUAUAUCCAAAUCGUAAUGAUCAAAAUAUUCAACCAAAAUCAUGUUUUCAAUAUAUACAAGUUCUUGAUAAUAUACCAUUUAUUGAUUCAUAUAAAUAUUUUAAUUAUCUACAAGAUUUACCUUAUUUACGUUUAUUAACUUAUUUAAGACAACAACCAAAUUUAUUAGCAUUAUGUUUAGCUAGUAUUGAAAAAACUGAUGCAUUAUUAACAAAUGCAAUUAUACCAAUAUUAAUGUCAGCUUUAUAUAAUCAAUGUUUAUAUUAUGAUGAUGAAUUAUUUACUCUUGAAUUACUUCGUUCAUUAAUUGAUAUACAAUUAAAAAAUGAAUCAAAUCCAAGAAUUAUUUUACAACGUUCAUCAUGUUCAUUUAAAAUUGUUUUUGAUGCCUUUUUAACAGCAUCACAAUCUUGUAAAUUAUUUUUAACAGCUGCAUUACAUGAACCUAUCAUGCAAUUACUCAUUGAUGAUGAAUGUUUUUAUGAUAUCAAUCCAGAUAUAUCAUUGAAUCGAUUGUCUAAACAAGAACGUCACAAAACAUUCGGUACACCAAAUACACGUGAUUAUUUAGAUAAAAUACAAAAAUAUCGUAAUGUUAUUCUAACAAAAUUAUAUACAUUUACAUAUACAUUUAUUGAAAGUUUACGUAAUGCAUUAGAGUUUUUUCCAACAUCUUUAUCAUUUCUUAUGUCACAAAUGUUUAUUAUAUUAUCGCAAUCAAGUGAAUUAUCAUCACGUGAAAUACGUUGUUUAUGUUGUGAUAUUAUUAUGACAUUAUUUAUUGGACCAGCUAUAUGUGAACCUGAAAAACAUGGAAUUAUUGCUGAUAUACCAAUAAGUAGAAUAGCACGACAUAAUUUAAAUCAAAUUGCUAUUAUACUUCAAACACUUGCUAUGUCCAAUGAUAUUGAAUCGAAAACAAAAGAUCUUUAUAAUAAAUUUAAAGAGAAUUGUGUAUCCAGUAUAUUAGAUAAUAUUAUUGAUUCAAGUCGAAAUGUUAUAUUUCCAUUACGUUCAUCAACAUUAUCAUCGAGCAAUAUAACAAGAAGCGUUAUUUUAAUAACACAAAAACAACUUCGACAAUUGAUUUUAUUUUGUCGUCGUGCAGUUAAUGAAAUUAAUGAUAAUGAAUUAAAACAACAAUUAGAUACAUAUUUACGAGCAUUAAUACCAUUAGAAGAAUGUCUUAAAUCACCUCCAAUUCCAUCUUUACCAUCAACUCCUCCUGUUUAUGAACAACAAACAGAACAUAAUCAUCGACAUCAUCAUCGAAAAACUAAUGGAACACGAGAUACAACUGUUCAAAAACUCGAACGCACUGAAAAUAUUCAAUUUCCUGAAGAAGUUAUUGUUUUUACAUUAGAAUCUAGUGAUAGUGAAUGUCCCGGAAUGUUGUCUGAAGAAAAAGUUUUGCAAGAAAAUGAACGAACAAAAUUAAUAAAAACAUCAAGUGCAAAUGAAUUUGAUCAAUCAGCUACAGAAAAAAGAUUACGUUUUCGUUUAAAUGAUACUUGUAGUGUUGGUAAUAUAAGUGAUAAUUUAGAAGGUCUUGAAGGUAUAAGUGAAGGUGCUGCAUCAACAGGCAAUUUAAGUGUUACAUCAUCAUGUGAUGAUCUUGAUAAAGCAACCAAUGAAAUUGAAACUGAUCCAUUAUUUGAUAAUGGAUCAGUUAGUGGAAGAGCAACACCAAAUUUAUCCGGUCGUGAUACACCUUCUUCACAUAUUAGUCUUGAUAGUAGUGAUCGACGAACAACAAGUACAAAUAAUGCUCAUAUUCAUUCACAAGAUAGUAUUAUUAAUAGUCAAACAGUAACAACAAUAAAUGCUAAUCAUAAUCCUCUUAUGGGAUCAGUACAACGUGGACCAGCCUUACCUAUUGUGGUACAAAAGCCAUUUCGUGAAGAUGUACCAGAUAAAUUUAAUUUAUUUGAUUUACCACAACAACGACCGACUUUAGAAGCAGGUGAUGAAACACGUUCAACAAUAUCUGAUAAUUGGUCAACAAUGAAUGCUGGAAUAUCUGAAAUAGAUGGACAAGAACAAGCAGCAGCUAGAUUGAAUGAAAUAGUUGAAGAAUUACCUAUUGUUGAACCACGUGGACAUAAUCAUAUUUUAUUACCUGAAAGUAAUUCAAUUACAUUAAAUAAACCAAUUGAUCAACAAUCUGAUUGUUGGAGUACAGAAGCAUUUGCUAGUGAUAGUGAAACAUAUAGUGAAGAUGGUUCAAAUAUUUUACGACUUGCUAAUAAUCAAAAUACAACGUCAACAUCAAAUAUUAAUGAACUUUUAGUACCUUCUUUUUCAAUAGAUAAUAAUAAUUCAGCAUCAUCAUCAAUGGAAGAAUUAAGUAAACAACAAAAACGUUCAACAAAUUCAGGAACAACAUCAUCAAAAUUAGCCGAUCCAGUUGAUAUACUUCUAAUGAAAUCAUCCCUUGAAAGUCUACCAUCAAUAUCUGAUAGUGGUAUUUUACUUGAUAGUGGAAAAUUUUCUCAACAAGCACCAUCACCAUUAAAAUCACCAACAGAAACACGAUCAGUUCAUUUUCCAUUGAUUGAUUUAUCAAAUUCAUCGAAUGAACAAUCAACAAUAUUAAGUUCAUCACAAAAUCUUCCAUCAUCAAAUAUAGCAACAUCUAAUUCGAUUAUAAAACCAUCAUCAACAAAUAAAUCUAAUGAAAAACGCUCAACAAAUGCAAUAUCGGCUUUACGUCGUCGAUUUGUUGGUAGUAGUGCUAGCAGUAGUUCACAUCGACGAGAUCGUAGUAUUCCAGAAGAUGAUCAUUCACAUAUUGAACAACAACCAACAGAAACAAUAUCAGCUGAUGAUAUUCUUGCAAGAUAUUCAAGUAAAGGAUCGACUAGUAUUGAUCAUGGAUCAAAAAUAAAUACAACAGCAGAUGAAAGUCAUACAGAAACAAUUACAAUUGAAACAUUUACUGAUACAAUUCCUUACUAUGAUCCAACAAAUUUGGAUACAUGUCGAGCAUUUAUUGAUGCAAAAAAGAAAUUACGUAUUGUACUUGCUACAGCUGAUACUGAUUCAAUAAAUUAUCUUAAUUCACCAAUAAAUUUUAAUCAAUAUUUACCACAACAACAGCAACGACAACAAAAUGGUUCAUCAUCAAUACAUUCAUUAAAUCGUAAAUCAUCAAAUAAUUUAAUACUUUUUCUUCGUUCUCAACUUUAUGAAGCAAUUGCUUUACAAGAUCGUGAUUUACAAGCACAAUUAUAUGAAACAUUACGAUGUGUACAACAAUUUAAUGAAAAUGAAUGUAAAGUACUAAUUCGUUCAAUGAUUGAUGAUUAUCGUUCAAGAUCUGUUUAUAUUGCUUAUCUUGUUAAAAAUAAUGAAAAUCUUCUUAAUAUUACAUAUCAUCAAGAUAGAUUACUUGUAAGAAUACAAUGUGAUCAAGAUUUAUGUAAACAACAUCUAAUAAAUUAUCUUAUUAAAUUAUUUCUUGAUUGUAAAGAACAUUUAUUACAAAAGUUAAUUGAUAAAUUUUCACAUUUAUCAAUUGCUGAAGAAAAAAUGCAUUUAAUAGAAUUAUUUCUUCAAGAUUGUUGUCGAGAAAUAACAUCAGAUAUUAAUUGGAAAACUGCUUCACCCGAACAAUUUGCUAUGUCACAAACAUCCAUUGAACGUAUAGUUAUGGCAAAAUUUUAUACAGCUGCAUUAUAUCCAAAUGGACAAAUUGAUGUUCAACGUGAUCAAAUUUUUAGUGGUCAUAUACGAACACUUGCUGAACAACUUGAUCCUAAUCAUCAAAAAUUACGUAUACAGAAAUUAUAUCAAAGAGAAUGUCCAUGGCCAUCAGCUCAAGCUGAACUUCGUUUAAUUAAUGCCUAUAAAACUCCUCGUGAUAAAGUUGCAUGUGUACAACGAUGUAUACGUAUAAUACAAAAUUUAAUUCGUUUAGCAUCAAAUUCAGCUGCUGGUGCUGAUGAUACAAUUCCAAUAUUAAUUUAUGUGAUUGUUAAAGCUAAUCCACCUAAUCUUCUAUCAAUUAUGCAAUAUGUACAAGAUUUAUAUUCAUCACGCUUUACAGAUGAAGAAAGUUAUUAUUGGACAAUGUUUGUAUCGGGUGUCAAAUUUAUACAUGAGAUGAUUUAG